AUGAAAGCAGAUCUGCUGCAACUCGGCUCGCUCCUCACCUGGUGGUGGUUCCCCUCGUUCGGUUCCACCCUCCUCCUCAACCUCCUCUACUCGCUUUCCAUCCUCCGACCCCCACCUCCCACCUCUCCUCACCUCCGCAACACGCACGUCCAGCUCUCUCGAACCAUCAUCAUCAUCUCCACCCUCAUAUACCAACUCGUACAGUCCACGCUCUCCACCCCACCCAACUUCUACACUCUACUCUCGCUGCCCACCGAUGUCGAUGCGGAAGGGAUACGCCGAUCCUUUCGCUCCCUGGCAAGACUCUACCAUCCCGACAAAAUUUCCUCUACAACUGACGAGACGAUCUUCAUCGCGCUACGUCAGGCGCACGAUGUGCUCUCCAACCCAACACUUCGUUUCGCAUACGAUCGCUUCGGUCCAUCUAUCACCACCUGGACUGGCACCCAAUCCACCACCCGUGACUAUCUCCACCACGGUCUGCUGCAACUCGUCUCGUUCUACACCAUCAACCCUGUGCUCUAUGCCACCGUCGGCUGGAUUAAUGGUCGGAACGACGGGAUUUCCUUCUGGAGACUCUCCACGCUCUUCUCCCUUCUCGCGUUCGAACUGUGUCUCUUGAUCUCCCCCGAACCACCCUUCUGGAUCUCACUCCUGUUCCCUGGAAGAACGAUCUUCGAGGUCAGAGAGUUCUCUCACUCUCUUUUCGUAAAUUGGUUCUUCGCAUCGUUGCAGCUGAGUACAGCCUUAGACGUGUUAGAAUACGGUGACGCCGCGAUGAUCGAGAGGCGGAGGAGCAAAGCAGAGGUGAAAGAAGCACAACUAGCAGCAGUCAUGAUCAAAGCGCAAGGGUUGGAAAGGAUGGUCGGGACGGUGGAGAAGAUGACGCUGCAAAGUUUUGCGGGAGAGAUCAGACCGUGGAGGCAGACGACCCGAAAAGGAAAGGAGGAGAGGGAGAUGAGUGCGGAAGAGGAGAGGUUGUUCGAGAGGAUAGAUAAGGUGCUGUUGUGCAGGAGCCUGGUUCAGCAGCACCCGCAGCUGAUGGAGCUGAGUCAGCAGAAGGAGGGACCUGUCAAGGGGGAAGAACCGCAGGAGCGAGUGAAAGACGAGAGUGUCAAGGUCGAAGAUCUACAGAGUGAGUCGAAGUUAGAGGAGCCGAAAGCAGCGGCGGAUGAGCCGAUUGCGGUGAAAGCAGAGCCGGUGGAGGAAAGCUUGCCGGACUCAAGCACGACGGUGAAGGUGGAAGUGAUGGCCAAAGAGACGGACGAGCCAAUACCUGCGAUCCAGGUCAAAUCGGAACCCGUCGAGCAGACCUUGGACAUCAACACUGUCGACACAGUCGAUGCGGCUGCGUCGACUUCCACCAUUGCAGCCCCUGCACCUUCUACUCCAGCUGAGGCCGGUGCACACGACGGGAAGGAUGGGAUCGUAGCGGAGGCUGUAGCAAGUACGGACAUCGAGUCGAGCAUGCUUCUCGACACAACCACGCGAAACGAUGCGCAAGCCCUUCAGACGAUGCACGUCGACACAACGACGAGAUCGCACUCCUCAGCGCCGGCAGAGGUUCGUGGACCAUUGACGUCAGCUGAAGCGAUCGAACCACCAUCUCAAUCCGUCUCUGACAUCGCGAAAACGACGCCGAACCAGAACUCUGCUUCCUCUGGCGUUGCUACAGCUGAACCAUACUCCACCGCUGCUAUCAUCCAUCCUUCCCACCACCAGCCAUGA